AUGGGCUGUGGACGGAAUAAUCGGACUCUCUGCUGGGUGUUUAUUCUGUUUUUAUGUGACUGCUGUGUUGCUCAGAUAUCCUACUCUGUUUCCGAGGAGGUGGACAAAGGAACUGUGGUGGGGAAUCUCGCGAAGGAUCUAAAUGUCAAUGCUCGGGACCUGCAAGCGAGGAAUCUAAAUAUCGUGUCUGGGUACAGUAAGAAAUAUUUCGAGGCGAAUUUUAAAACGGGGGAUCUUUAUGUUAAUGAGCGAAUUGACCGCGAGGAGCUUUGUCCAAAUACGAUAAAAUGCACGUUAAAAUUAGAGGCCAUACUGAGUAAUCCUAUGGUACUCCACCGUAUUGAGGUGGUAGUUACUGAUUUGAAUGACAACGCACCUACCUUCGUCGAGAGGUCACAUUCACUUAACAUUUCUGAAUUAUCGCCUACAGGCGAGCAUUUCUUGCUUCCUAUGGCUCUUGAUGCAGAUAUGGGAAGCAAUUCAGUAAAGACUUACAGACUAAGUCCAAAUGAAUACUUCUCUCUAGAUGUACAGAACGGUGGGGAACAUAGUGUGUCUGCUGAAUUAGUGCUACUGAAAGCUUUGGAUCGAGAAAAACAAGCCCUUAUUACACUAAUUCUGACCGCUGUAGACGGAGGAAAACCUCCUAAAACGGGAACUUUAAAAAUAAAUGUAAAUGUUUUGGAUGUUAACGAUAACACGCCAUCAUUUAGUAAAACGCUUUACAAGGCACGUGUAAAUGAAAAUGCACCAGCUGGUUCGUCAGUAAUUCAACUAAGUGCCACAGAUUUAGAUGAAGGGGACAACGGAAGGCUGACUUACUCCUUUGUGAAGCGUGCAAACUUCAAUCCGUCAGAUGUGUUUCUUAUUAAUGCAGAGACUGGUGAGAUCACUGUCAAGGGUGAUUUGGAUUUUGAGGCACAGCCAGCAUAUGAAAUCCAUGUUCAAGCGACAGAUAAAGGUUCGUCGCCAAGAAGAGCAAAUGGAAAGCUGCUGGUGGAGGUAAUAGAUGUGAACGACAAUGCCCCAGAAAUUGUGGUGACGUCACUCAUGAACCCCGUUAAAGAGGAUGCUGACAUAGGAAGCGUUGUCGCUUUAGUGACAGUGACUGAUAAAGAUGGAGGGAAAAACGGACAGACUAACUGUAAACUAAUUGGUUCCGCGCCCUUUAAGCUCACUUCUAAUUAUAAAAAUUAUUACUCUUUAGUCGUGGAUGGACCUCUUGACAGGGAAGGAUGCUCUGUUUACAAUGUUACGAUUACAGCUACUGAUGAAGGUACGCCGCCUCUAUCGAGCACCAGCAUUAUUACCGUUCAUGUUUCUGACGCCAACGACAACGCGCCUCGAUUUAUGCAGCCUGUGAUUAAUAUUUAUGUAAAAGAAAACAGUGCAGUUGGAGCUAGUAUCUACACAAUAACUGCAGUUGAUCCUGAUAUAAAUGAAAACGCGAGAGUAACCUACUCAUUGUUAGGUGAUUCAAAAACUAUUCCGAUAACGUCCGUGGUAAACAUUAACUCAGAGACUGGAGAUGUAAUCAGUUUGCAGUCUUUUAACUUUGAGGAGUUAAAAACGUUUCAGUUUAAAGUUCAGGCCAAAGACUCUGGUGUUCCUCCGCUCAGCAGCAACGUGACUGUCAACGUUUUUAUUCUGGAUGAAAAUGACAAUAAUCCAGCUGUUCUGGCGCCCUAUUCUGAGCACGGCUCCGUUAACAGUGAGAGCAUCCCCUAUUCUGCUGAAGCGGGAUACUUUGUGGCAAAGAUCAGGGCUGUAGACGCAGACUCUGGAUACAAUGCGCUGCUUUCUUAUCAUCUGUCUGAACCAAAAGGGAACAACCUCUUCCGGAUAGGAACCAGCACCGGGGAAAUCAGGACUAAGAGGAGAAUGAGUGACAAUGACCUAAAAACUCACCCCUUGGUGGUGUUGGUUUCUGAUAAUGGAGAACCCUCCCUGUCAGCUACUGUGUCUAUUGAUGUGGUGGUGGUUGAAAGCACAGCUGACAUCCAGACUCAGUUCAGACAUGUUCCUGUGAAGGAGGACAGCUUCUCUGAUUUAAACCUGUAUCUUCUGAUCGCCAUUGUGUCGGUAUCAGCGAUCUUUCUGCUGAGCCUCAUCAGUUUAAUAGCUGUCAAAUGCCACAGGACAGACGGCAGUUUCAGCAGGUACAGCGCCCCAAUGAUCACCACCCACCCUGAUGGGAGCUGGUCUUAUUCUAAAGCUACUCAGCAGUAUGACGUGUGUUUCAGCUCAGACACACUCAAGAGUGACAUGGUGGUUUUCCCCGCGCCGUUUCCACCUGGAGAUGCGGAGCUGAUCAGUAUUAACGGAGGAGACACUUAUACCAGGACUCAGACUUUACCUAAUAAAGAAAAGGUGAGUUGUUUGCCACCCAAGAAUUAG